CCAUUCUUAUCUAAGAAUAAUUAGUCUCAAAAGAGCAGGAAAUUUUUCUUACGGAAGAAACAGUUUUCCUAAAGAGCAAGCGACAAGAAGAAGUACUGAACAAGUCAAGUGCUGAACCAAUAAAGAACAAGUAUUGAAAUAAACUUAGUCGGUUGUUGAACUAAAUUACAAUGUCUAAGUUGGAAAAUAAAAGUGCCUACGUGUUCGAUUACAGAAUAACAUUUUUAGGGGAAGACAGGGUUGGUAAGUCAACAUUGAUUAAUCAAAUUGUUAAAAACACGUUUAUUGAACAGUAUACACCAACUGUUUCAAAUCACAUCACGCAUAUUGUUGAAUUGGAAGGUCAUGCACAUGUCUGCUUGUUAACUGAUACGGCUGGAGUAGAUGAUUUUCCAGCAAUGAGAAAACUCGCAAUAUCUAAAGGAAACGCUUUUGUAGUAGUGUACUCUGUGGACAACCGAAAUUCUUUCAGAAAAGCAAAAAGAUUGCUUCGUGAAAUAAAAUACUUGAAAAAUUCCAACGAAGAAACUCGAGUUGUUCUUGUGGGAAAUAAAAGAGAUUUAACGCGCGCUGUUUCAUUCGAAGAAGGUCUUGAUUAUUCCAAACGUCUGGAAGAGGAAGAAUUUGUUAGCGCGUUUGUCGAGUCUUGUGCUAAAGAAAGCGAAUCUUCGGAGAACAUUUUAAACACAAUUUUACACCUGUAUUCGUUACCAAAAAAUAACAGAAAUAUUCAGAACAGCUACCCUCUUAACAAAAUUCGACAUCAAGGAUCAUUAAAAUCAUUAGUUUCAUUAAUUCAUGAAAACUCAAAAAAUAAUCUCUCGACAGUAAAUAGCAGCAGUGACAAUGAAGAGUUAUAUGUGACGGACGAAAAAAGUUGCGAGGUUUUAAGAAAGCGCUCAAUGAGUGAAAUUGUGUCAAACUCAGAUAUAGAUUCACCAAGAAUUUCAAAACAAAAGUUUUUUAGAAGAGGCUCUUCAUCUCAAAAAUUCUUUUCAGUUUUUCAUAUCCCUUCACAUGGCCUAAAUAAAUCACCAAGUUCAACUUCAUUGAGCAGCCAGGAGAGCAGCGAACCGAUUCGAGAAAGCGUUUUUAUAACUCUUUCAGAACGAAAUUCAUUAAAACCUAAACAGAAAAAAUCAGUCGCCAAAAAAGUCAGCAAUUCAAUUAGAAACUUAACUUCUAAAAUCACUUUAAUAACGUCUAAGCAAGCCUAAUUACAGAACGGCGCAAAAUCAAAAGCAUAAUAAAUAAACUAUAAAGAGCGAUUAUUUCUUAUGUUCCAAACAAUAUUGUUUUUAUUAAUGUUUUAUGUAUAAUUUUUUUUUAUUUAUUAUAUAUAUUUAUAUUAUUUCAA